AAUUGUGUGAUGUGCAAAAUUAUUAAAAAAUAUUGUUAGUUUAAAAAUUAGAUUGUAAUCUAUCUGCGACCAUCAUCAAGCAGUCCUUGCUUGAAAUUACACAGAUUGACAUUAUGAAGAAUUUCUUGGAUUGUAUAAUUGGAAAUAUUAUUAUUUUUAGCUAAUAAUAAUUUGAAAGUGUCAUAAAAAUUAAGGAGAUCAUUUAUAUAAAGUUACUAUGCCUAAUUUACUUAGAGAAGCAAUUCUCACAGGAACUAAAAAGGCAACUUACGAUUACACAAAACAAUGAUUGAAGGAAAAUUUUGAAUUCAAAAAGGGAGAAUCAUAUCAU